AUGUUGACUCGUUACCAAAGAUGGGGCCAGGCAUAUACAAUCACGUCUGAAAGACUCAUAAUACACGGAGGGAAAGUCGAUCCACUCAAUGAAUACUCCUACUUCUCCGCGCCCAACACAGACGAAUUGAUUUCGCUAGACUUAACUUCGUCCUUUGAUGUUGCCAAUCCGCCAUGGCAGCUUCUGGCGGGCGGUGGCCUCCCGGGCUCGCCACUCGGUUCGCCUGCCCUAGCAUUUCACACCCUUACCCCUCUAGAUGACCAAAACUUCCUUGGCUUCGGUGGUGAUGGGGGCCCAAGCAUGCUUAGCGCUACAAAACCCGAUUCAGCUUGGAUCCUAACAGACCCUUCAUUCCCCAAUUUCCAGCGUCAGUACGAAGGGUGGGCAAACCAGCCUAUCCGACACAUUCAUCAUACCUCAACAAAUGUUAAAGGCACCGCGUGGAUAGUUGGCGGUACGAAAGCGGACGGCUCCGGUAUUAAUUUCAACUCCACAUACCUCUUCAUUCCUUCCACUGCUUCCUCCCCUCAACCACACUUCGAUGACCUUGGUGGAAGUUCCCCGCAGUUAGAAGGCCAUGGCACUGUUCUAUUAUCCAACGGCACUCUCCUCGUGUUUGGCGGUUAUGCACGGGAACAGUACCAGAUGGUCCCACUUAAUAUGAUAUGGACUGUCGAUACGACCAAUACGGGUCCGCCGCAAUGGUCCAGCCAACAGUUUUCUAAUUCUUUCCUUCCAUCUCCUCGGCUCGAUUUCGCUUAUUCACUUUUGGAUGAUGAAAGACUCCUCAUCCAUGGUGGUACAUCUGACCCUUCGAGACAAACUGUCCUUGGUGAUGCGGCGAUUCUGAACUUGAGUACUCUGACUUGGACGGAUGCGCCAGGCCUAGCGAAUUUUCUUGGCCCGCGAGCUGGUCACUUUGCUGUGACUUUGGGACAUGGCCAGACAUUUUUCGGUUUCGGAUACGGGCCGAGAGGGCCAACGCCUUCUGGUCUUAUUCUCUAUGAUGCUAACUCCGGCUCGAGCAUGACUACUUAUUCGCCAGGACCAGUUCCGACUCACACCCGUACUGAUUUUCCUCAACCUUCCCGAACAUCCCCUAGCUCUAUAACAAACCCAUCGCCCAAACAUGUUUUCACCUCAACGUCCGGCUCUGUGGUCUUAACCUGCACGUCGAGCUGUUCUAAUGGUACGAGCAUAGGGAAUGGUGUAGAGGCGGCCAGACACGACAGGAGGAUCAUUGCAAUCACGCUUGGCUCCAUUUUUGGUGUAUGCGCUUUUGUGGCAGCCUCACUCGGUGGAACUUGUGUUUACUUACGUCGGAACCCAUCCGUAUGGCGGAACGAUGGAGGCGAUGGUGAUUUUUUUUGGGAGAUUGUUCCUCGUCCACUGUAUCGUGAUGAGGAGGACGGCGAUGGGGGACCCAGAGGCCAGCUUACCGCAGGUAGAGCUCCGACUGGGGCAGAAAUCGCUACCACAGGAAAUGCCCUAGCCGGUGACUCUACUCAUCGCCCGGCUCCCCUUGAUGACGAUGAGCAUGAAGGUGACCAGCAACCUGUCGAUUCGCCGACCAGUCUACAAGACGGGAUGAGGCGUCUUCCAAUGGCUUCUGUUUCAGGUGGCUGGGACAGGAGAAGCAGAAGGAAGAGUGUUGCAUGGGCUGUGCUCAGUCUCGGGCGUCCUCAGGCCUCUCACUCUAACGGACGGAGCGAUCAGCGAUUUGAUAUGCUUGCGGACGAGGAUGAACGCGUGUUCAAUGAUCCAGAAAUAUACCCCGUCGGUGUCCAACGUAACGGCAGUGGUGCGUCAGGCAUGUCUGGGAGCCCUCCUGGCCGUCGAACUGCGUCUGGUAGAACAUGGACCUCAGUUGUUGGAGAAAGCAUUGCGGACGGUAUCAAGUCUGCAGGUGCAGCGAUGCAAAGGGUAGUAAGCGGGACUGCAGGUCCAUCGGGGUCAGGCCGGGACAGUCGGGACUGGUUUGAAAAGGAUAUGGAGUACGUCGAAACCCAUACCCAGCUACUAGAUGAAAACGGCCGCCCGAGUGAUGGACAUGCUAUUGAUGAAAUUGCGAGUCCCUACCAACCGGGAGUGUCCAGGCAUCUGGGAGAUGGACUUACUUCUCAUACAUUGCAAUCUGAGUCCUCGUCACGCUACCGUGACCCCUUCGCUGAUCCAAUUGAAAACGAUCCGAUUCACCCACCUGGCCAGUAUUCUUCCCCGUCGGCGCACCAGGAAGAAGACGAGUUGUCUUCAAAACUCGCACAAGCUCGUCUGGUUACGCAUAGUUCCCCCCCUCGGGUCGACCUGCCUGAGUUAUCCCUUACACUCACUGUCUCCCGAUCUGACCAAUCCCACUCUACUGCCUCAUCUUCGAAUCCGUCUUCCGGACUCUCCCGCUUCCCUCAAAGCGGGGAUACUCACACAAGUGUCAUGUCUGGGGCCCCGUUGCAACCAUUGAAGCGAUCGGAUUCUUGGUGGGCUCGUUUCAGUCGAACGUCGUUGCGAACUGGGUUAUUGAGUUCUAGUUCCCAUGGGGAAUCUGACACAAAGCCGCCUGCUACCCGUCCACGUCGGUUGAGUUUUGGGCUUCUUUCAAGUGGAACUCCGCCUGCAGCGGAUAAUCGCUUCUCAAUUGACUUCCGGGAUCCAAAACCGCCUCCAAAGUUGCAGGCCAUAGAGGAGGUGGCUAACUCUCCAGAUGGGUCACCUGGAGGCCACUUGUCAAGAGAGAACAAUCGGCGGUCCUACCGGGGUAUUGGCGCCCAGCUUAGCAAUAUAUCGGAUGCCCCCAAACCCAGGAAGUCAGGAUCUCUAUCCUCACAGCUCACUGCAAGCAGCGAGAUGCUGGAGCGUUUGGGUGGCAAUAUGCACAUUAUACAACGGAUGCAUACCGCGAGCACGAUUCGCACACCCACUCCAUUGGGGUCUGUCUCGUCAGCUCGACAACGUGAGGCAGUUGUUGACAACGUCACUGACUUGGGGGAAAUUGUAUCAUCACCCACGGAAUGGACUCCAACGAACAUGCAUUCUCCACCACCGCGCGCAAUGAUUGGUCCUCGGCCAAAACCAACCACGUCAUCUCAACGCAUUUCUUUACGAAAAAUUCCAACACAUAGGGUGGCCAACCGUGUGGCGGAGUUCGAACGGCUUGCAACCAUGAACGCUUCCAUCAGCGCAGCUCAUGGUGGACCCGACACAGGUGCAGAGGAAAUUGAGCGGCGCCCUACCUUGAGCCCAACAAUCGCGUCAACGGCUAGCGUCAAGUGGGGUUUAUCCGAAAAACCUGCUUUAUUCUUGGCCAAUCCCGAUCAGCACAAGAAAAGUAGUGGGGAUACAAACGGAUGAUCUAACGAAUGCCAUCUUUUGUACCCCCCUUUUUUUUUCUUUUUCUUUUUUGUUUCGGUUAAUGUUGCGGAUUUUUAUUUAUGUUGACGUAGAGGACUCUAUUUCACGGACGGAAUUCGCUGUCAUUUGUUGUUCUCAUGCUUCGAUACCAUUGCUUUCACUCCGGGACUUUACUGUACCAGGUCUUAGGGUCCUCAUCGCCCGGUGUAUCCGUAAAUACGUUAUGCAAUACUCAUGAUCCAUUGGAAUU